AUGUCCAAGCUCAUCUCCUUUGGGACCACUCAGGACCGGAAAAUGUUCCCCUCCAGCUUUGCCCCGGACAGGCUGGGCAUCGAGGUGCUGGGCGUGAGGGGCAGCCCCUUGCUGGGGCCGGGCUCCUACCUGGGGCCAGAGAACAACGUCCUGCAAUCCUCCUGGAGCACCCGGCCCAUGAGCGCCCUGGGCUACGUGAUGGGAGCCAGGACAGCCCCGAGAUUCCAGCAGAGGGCUCAGCCGUUCAGCUCCAGCAGCCCCCGGUUCCCCACCCGCCUGCAGGACCGGGACCGCUACCCCGGGCCUGGCACCUACGACAUCCAGGAGCCUCAAACCAAAAAGGUCUCGUGGCCCUCCCGGUUUGGGGCUCCCAACUGGGCAGCGCUGCCCCAGCCGGUGCAGAGGAUGAUGAAGAUGCAGGUGCAGAAGAUGACUGUGGAUAAAAAUUUCCAGAAAAAGCAGGGCAGGGAGGCGUACCUGAAGCUGCACCACGGCUGA